AUGUCUUCCACAAACGGCUCGAACGGCACCAAAGGAGCCUCCUUUGUUGAUGCAGCAAUCGCCACUCGUCCGAACGACUUGGAAGCGGUUCCUCGUCUGCUCAAGGAUCUCAACGAAAACAUUGGCUCUUUGUCUGCUGAUGACCACCAUGCGCGUCACGAGCUGCUCCUUAAGGCUCGGUCUAUAGUACAAGCUCUCGAGGCUCCAAGAGAGACCAUGAUCAAGCACUGCUGGGCACAGACCGGUGCAAUUGCUGGUAUCAACUUUGGCGUAGAUACGGGUCUGUGGAAGCUCAUGGCCAAGAACGGCGACAGGCCACAGACGGUGAAGGAGCUUGCUGAAGCUCUCGGCGUCGACCCGGCCCUGCUCAGCCGCCUCAUGCGCCAUCUUGGUGCCAUGGGCUAUAUCAAGGAGACGAGCCUUGAUGAGUACCAACCUACCAACUUCUCAAAGUCAUUGAGCCUCCCCAUGAUUGGAGAUGGGUAUAUCGCGAUGACAUCUUGCACUGGCGCUGGGCCCUUGAGAUUCCACGAGUACUCUCGCAAGAGGGGCUUCAAGAACCCCACUGAUGCCAAGGACACACCUAUGAUGUACGCAUACAACACUGACAAGGAUAUGUUUGCGUGGCAGCAGGACCUUGGAUACGGUACUCACUUCAACCACCACAUGUCCGGCUACCGCCAGGGUCGUAAUCCUUGGAUGGCCCCCGGCUUUUUCCCCGUGAAGGAGAGGCUUAUCGAGGGCGCUAGCACGGACGCCGACGCGCCCUUCUUGGUGGACAUUGGCGGCAGCAUCGGUCACGACUUGGCUGAGUUCCACUCGUACUUCCCUGAGGCGCCAGGCAAGCUGAUCCUGCAGGAUCUUCCAGUCGUUAUUGGCCAGAUCCAAGAGCUCACGCCAGCAAUCACGCCAAUGGGCCAUGACUUUCUGACAGAGCAGCCCGUGAAGGGAGCUCGCGCCUACUACAUGCACUCAUGUCUGCAUGACUGGCCGGAUAACGUCUGUGAGACUAUCCUGAAGCAGAUCAAGGCUGCUAUGAAGCCUGGGUACAGCAAGUUGUUGAUCAAUGAGAAUGUCAUUCCCUCAACAGGAGCAUGGUGGGAGACGUCGGCUCUUGACAUGGUCAUGCUAACGCUUUUUUGCUCAAAGGAGCGUACUGAGGGUGACUGGUACCACUUGUUGGAGAUCAUCGCAGGACUGAAGAUUGUCAAGAUUUGGGGUGGUGGCAAAGGUGUUGAGAGUCUGAUCGAGGUUGAGCUUCCCUAA